AUGGCUAUGAAUUAUGAAUUUGAUGCUCUUAUUAAAAAUAAGACGUGGGAGUUGGUGCCCCGUCCACCUAAUGUGAAUGUUAUUCGUUCUAUGUGGAUUUUCACUCAUAAAGAAAAAUCUAAUGGUGACUUUGAGAGGCAUAAAGCCGGUCUUGUAGGUGAUGAUUCUCUCGAUGCUCCAUUAUGGCUCUUCUUUGCCUCGGAAUUUGCUGAAGGAUCCGGGUCCUUUGAAUUAUUUCCUUGGCAUUCAUGUCCUCGACAUAAGGAUGGGAUGUUUUUUCGCAUGAUACCCAAGUAUGCUAAGGAAAUCAUUGAUACAGCCGGGAUGUCUUCGUGUAAGGCUACUUUUACUCUCAGGUUGAUACUAAACCGAAGAUGA